UUCCCUUUUCUCUGUUGUUGUUGUUAUUCGCUUUUUCAAAGAUGAUAUUUUCUGGAGAACUGUUUACUUACAAUGACGAGAAAAGGUUGACAGCCUUUGAAAGCGGCCGUUGUUCUUCUUCUGGCUUCUUCAACAAAGUAGUCGUGUUUAUUAGUGGAUUAGGAGACGGAUUUAACGCAGUUCCUUUCCUUGAACCACUUUCAGAAAUGCUGUUCAAAAAUCAGUGGGGCUUAGUUCAGGCUCAAUUAAGCUCGAGUUAUCAAGGCUUUGGCACAAGCAAUUUGCAAACAGAUAGUGAAGAGUUGGACAGUCUUGUAAGCCAUUUGAAAAACCAACGACAUAAAGACAGUAUUGUAUUUUUGGGUCAUUCUACAGGUAGCCAAGACUGUUAUUGGCAUAACAAGAAUGGCAAACACAAUCAGCAUGUAAAUGGGUAUAUAUUACAAGCACCUGUAUCAGACCGACAAUAUUUCGAAGCGAACCUUGAAAACUUUAGAGCAUACGUUGAAAUGGCCACACAGCUAAGCCAAAAGGAAAAUAAGGGGGAAGAAUUAAUGCCUCGUAAGGCAUUGGAUGGCGUUCCAAUCACCGCCAACCGAUUUUUUUCACUUACUGCUGUUGGUGGUGAUGAUGACGUCUUUUCCACUGAUUUCACUAAGGAGCGCAUAGCUCAAUUGUAUGAAAAUGUGAAGAGACCUAUUUGCUGGGUCUAUUCUGAAAACGAUGAAUAUUACGUACCAACAAGCGAGGCAAGUCAAUCUGAUGUGAUGAAAAGAUACCAAGACGUCUGCCCAGCCAUCAAGGAAACUCAUAUUAUCGCUAAAGGAGAUCACUCUAUUACCCUUAAAGAAUCUCAAACUCAAUUCUGUCAAGUUGUAGAGACAUUUUUGAAACGCCUUGACAGCUACGCAUAAAUUUUUGCCAUAAAAAGUAAUUGUAGAAAAAGAAAAAAGGGGGAGCUGCUCUAGAAUUGUUCAUUCCUC